UUCCCAUUCCACCCGUUUUGCCCCGAUGGGCACCGUGUCGUAUGUAUUCGAGGCCCUAUCGCUGGUGGUGGUUUUCGCCGUGUUCUCGCUGUGGUCAUUCAAGUAUGUGUUCAACCACGACAUCAUCCGCAACUACGCUCCCCGCACGCACCACGCCAAGGCUCAGAUCAACGAUAUGUUGCAGCACGCCGCCGGCGCCAAAUACGGCCACCGGCUCCUUCGGCUCGAUGUGGAUGACGAGCUGGAAGAUGAGGCUCUGCGGCCUUUUUCCGCACAUGGACGCCAUGACACCGUGCACUACGUCGUGGGCGUGCUUUUUUCAGGCGUGGUCACGCUUUCGUGCGAGUUAGUGCUCCUUCUUAUGAUCGAGCUUUUCGGGGCCGUGGCCCUCAACUUGGCCGUCCUCAGGUACGUGAUCGCGGCGUUGGUUGUGCUCGUGACCAUGGUCCAGCCACCCCUCGUAAUCCUGCUCUACGUGAACCAGCGACUCACGCCGCAAAUUUCGCUCAGGUCGCCCUCGGCCAUUCUCAAAAUGGUCGCCACGGCGGCUCUUUGCGGUGUGUGGUUUGCUGUGCUCAGCCGCUUUGGCUCUAUUGCGCAGGCCCUUGGCCCGGCGGCCGAGCGGUCGUUCCUCGAGGAAAAAACCAACGAGGUGGUGUUGGCUGGCAUCUCCAUCACUGCGCUUCUCUCAGGAGUCGGCUGUAUGCUGACGCCCAUCCGCAGUUUCUGGGUGGAUGGUGUGGUCCUGCCUAAGAUUGCUCUGAACACCGGCGCCAGCGAGACCCAGCUAAACGAGCUCAUCCAGUCGUACAACUCGACCCAGAUGCUCAAGAAAAAGCGCCAGGCAGAGCUCGACGCGCUCCUUGCGUCAGCUGCCGGCACCGACUACUCUAUGCCAGUGAACGACUCCUUGCGCCUGCUUAAAGGCAGUGGCCGCAGGCUCCUAUCACGUGUACAGUCGUUCACGAGUCUCUCAAGCUUAACCGGCACGGCCACCGAGGAGGAGGAGCUCGCCCGCGAAAUUGAAUCUUUGCAGAGUCUUCAGGACCUGGUGUACGCAGACAUCUGCAAGAAAGUGGACGCGGUUCUGCGCGAUCGAGGAUCCUCAGUCAAGGCCGGUGUGCGGCUCAACCGGCUUGUGGCUCUCGGCAAUGCGAUGUUCUCGGUCUACUGUGUCUAUCGCAUUGUAAACGUAUUGUUUCUUCGCUUGCCCUACCACUACUUCUGGAGUCUGGCGGACUUGCACAGAGAGACCAACAUUAUUGAUGACGGAGACCUGUCCGAGACACUCAACAAAAACACCAAGGACGCGCUUGCCAUCACCAUCGCCAAGCUCAUCCAGCGCCUCUUCAGCUACUUGCCUCUUUCGGAGACGCAGCUCGUCAAUCAAGUGAGCUUCAUUCUCUCGGGCUCGCUUUUCGUGUGUUCUUUCCAAAACGUCGUCAUUACUUUCAGGUCGCUCGGCCGCUUCCUUCCGACAAACACCACCACGGUCGAUGUGCACGUCAAGACAUUGGUAAAACACCUCAUUGUGAGCGAGUUCCUCGCGAUCUACGUCAUUGCCACUGCGCUCUUGAUCCGCUCGAACUUGCCACCAGAAACCGCGACGCUGAUGCUGAAGAUUUUGUCCUUGUCACCAACUUCGGGCCCCACAUCUCCAGCGCAAAUGCUCAGAGAGGUCGAGUUUAUAGACAUGUGGUUUGACAAGGUUUUCGGUGUUUCCUGUUUAGGGACACUUUUUUUUCUUGCCAUGAAACUAUUCAUUGAGAGCGACAGCAUUUAUGAGGCUGGCUACGACGAGGAAAUGAUGAUAGAAGAAAACUCCGCACUCAAGAUCUCGUAG